AUACGCGGCGCCGGCGAGUGCGUCGAGCUCGCCGCGGACCCAAGAUGGCGGCGUGUGGACGUGUACGGAGGAUGUUCCGCUUGGCGGCGGCGCUGCAUCUGCUGCUCCUAGCUGCGGCCGGGGCCGAGAAACUCCCCGGCCAGGGCGUCCACAGCCAGGGCCAGGGUCUCGGGGCCAACUUUGUGCCCUUCGUAGGGCAGGCCGGAGGCGGCGGCCCGGCGGGUCAGCAGCUGCCCCAGCUGCCUCAGUCAUCGCAGCUCCAGCAGCAACAGCAGCAGCAACCGCAGCAGCAGCAGCAACAGCAACAGCAGCCUCAGCCGCCGCAGCCGCCUUUCCCGGCGGGUGGGCCUCCGGCCCGGCGGGGAGGGGCGGGGGCUGGUGGGGGCUGGAAGCUGGCGGAGGAAGAGUCCUGCAGGGAGGACGUGACUCGCGUGUGCCCCAAGCACACCUGGAGCAACAACCUGGCGGUGCUCGAGUGCCUGCAGGAUGUGAGGGAGCCUGAAAAUGAAAUUUCUUCAGACUGCAAUCAUUUGUUGUGGAAUUAUAAGCUGAACCUAACUACAGAUCCCAAAUUUGAAUCUGUGGCCAGAGAGGUUUGCAAAUCUACUAUAACAGAGAUUAAAGAAUGUGCUGAUGAACCAGUUGGAAAAGGUUACAUGGUUUCCUGCUUGGUGGAUCACCGAGGCAACAUCACUGAGUAUCAGUGUCACCAAUACAUUACCAAGAUGACGGCCAUCAUUUUUAGUGAUUACCGUUUAAUCUGUGGCUUCAUGGAUGACUGCAAAAAUGACAUCAACAUUCUGAAAUGUGGCAGUAUUCGGCUUGGAGAAAAGGAUGCACAUUCACAAGGUGAGGUGGUAUCAUGCUUGGAGAAAGGCCUGGUGAAAGAAGCAGAAGAAAGAGAACCCAAGAUUCAAGUUUCUGAACUCUGCAAGAAAGCCAUUCUCCGGGUGGCUGAGCUGUCAUCGGAUGACUUUCACUUAGACCGGCAUUUAUAUUUUGCUUGCCGAGAUGAUCGGGAGCGUUUUUGUGAAAAUACACAAGCUGGUGAAGGCAGAGUGUAUAAGUGCCUCUUUAACCAUAAAUUUGAAGAAUCCAUGAGUGAAAAGUGUCGAGAAGCACUCACAACCCGCCAAAAGCUGAUUGCCCAGGAUUAUAAAGUCAGUUAUUCAUUGGCCAAAUCCUGUAAAAGUGACUUGAAGAAAUACCGGUGCAAUGUGGAAAACCUUCCGCGAUCACGUGAAGCCAGGCUCUCCUACCUGCUAAUGUGCCUGGAGUCAGCUGUACACAGAGGGCGACAAGUGAGCAGUGAGUGCCAGGGGGAGAUGUUGGAUUACCGACGCAUGUUGAUGGAAGACUUUUCUCUGAGCCCUGAGAUCAUCCUAAGCUGUCGGGGGGAGAUUGAACACCAUUGUUCCGGAUUACAUCGAAAAGGGCGGACCCUACACUGUCUGAUGAAAGUAGUUCGAGGGGAGAAGGGGAACCUUGGAAUGAACUGCCAGCAGGCGCUUCAAACACUGAUUCAGGAGACUGACCCUGGUGCAGAUUACCGCAUUGAUCGAGCUUUGAAUGAAGCUUGUGAAUCUGUAAUCCAGACAGCCUGCAAACACAUAAGAUCCGGAGACCCAAUGAUCUUGUCGUGCCUGAUGGAACAUUUAUACACAGAGAAGAUGGUAGAAGACUGUGAACACCGUCUCUUAGAGCUGCAGUAUUUCAUCUCCCGGGAUUGGAAGCUGGACCCUGUACUAUACCGCAAGUGCCAGGGAGACGCUUCUCGUCUUUGCCACACCCACGGUUGGAAUGAGACCAGUGAAUUUAUGCCUCAGGGAGCUGUGUUCUCUUGUUUAUACAGACACGCCUACCGCACUGAGGAACAGGGAAGGAGGCUCUCACGGGAGUGCCGAGCUGAAGUCCAAAGGAUCCUACACCAGCGUGCCAUGGACGUCAAGCUGGAUCCUGCCCUCCAGGAUAAGUGCCUGAUUGAUCUGGGAAAAUGGUGCAGUGAGAAAACAGAGACUGGACAGGAGCUGGAGUGCCUCCAGGACCAUCUGGAUGACUUGGUGGUGGAAUGUAGAGAUAUAGUUGGCAACCUCACUGAGUUAGAAUCAGAGGAUAUUCAAAUAGAAGCCUUGCUGAUGAGAGCCUGUGAGCCCAUAAUUCAGAACUUUUGCCACGAUGUGGCAGAUAACCAGAUAGACUCUGGGGACCUGAUGGAGUGUCUGAUACAGAACAAACACCAGAAGGACAUGAACGAGAAGUGUGCCAUCGGAGUCACCCACUUCCAACUGGUGCAGAUGAAGGAUUUUCGGUUUUCUUACAAGUUUAAAAUGGCCUGCAAGGAGGACGUGUUGAAGCUUUGCCCAAACAUAAAAAAGAAGGUGGACGUGGUGAUCUGCCUGAGCACGACUGUGCGCAACGACACUCUGCAGGAAGCCAAGGAGCACAGAGUGUCCCUGAAGUGCCGCAGGCAGCUCCGCGUGGAGGAGCUGGAGAUGACGGAGGACAUCCGCCUCGAGCCAGAUCUAUAUGAAGCCUGCAAAAGUGACAUCAAAAACUACUGUUCCACUGUGCAAUAUGGCAAUGCUCAGAUUAUUGAAUGUCUGAAAGAAAACAAGAAGCAGCUAAGCACCCGCUGCCACCAGAAAGUAUUUAAGCUGCAGGAGACAGAGAUGAUGGACCCAGAGCUAGACUACACCCUCAUGAGGGUCUGCAAGCAGAUGAUAAAGAGGUUCUGUCCAGAAGCAGAUUCUAAAACCAUGUUGCAGUGCUUGAAGCAAAAUAAAAACAGUGAAUUGAUGGAUCCCAAAUGCAAACAGAUGAUAACCAAGCGCCAGAUCACCCAGAACACAGAUUACCGCUUAAACCCCAUGCUAAGAAAAGCCUGUAAAGCUGACAUUCCUAAAUUCUGUCACGGUAUCCUGACUAAGGCCAAGGAUGAUUCAGAAUUAGAAGGACAAGUCAUCUCUUGCCUCAAGCUGAGAUAUGCUGACCAGCGCCUGUCUUCAGACUGCGAAGACCAGAUCCGAAUCAUUAUCCAGGAGUCCGCCCUGGACUACCGCCUGGAUCCUCAGCUCCAGCUGCACUGCUCAGACGAGAUCUCCAGUCUAUGUGCUGAAGAAGCAGCAGCCCAAGAGCAGACAGGUCAGGUGGAGGAGUGCCUCAAGGUCAACUUGCUCAAGAUCAAAACAGAAUUAUGUAAAAAGGAAGUGUUAAACAUGCUGAAGGAAAGCAAAGCAGACAUCUUUGUUGACCCGGUACUUCAUACUGCUUGUGCCCUGGACAUUAAGCACCACUGUGCAGCCAUCACCCCUGGCCGCGGGCGUCAAAUGUCCUGUCUCAUGGAAGCACUGGAGGAUAAGCGGGUGAGGUUACAGCCCGAGUGCAAAAAGCGCCUCAAUGACCGGAUUGAGAUGUGGAGUUACGCAGCAAAGGUGGCCCCAGCAGAUGGCUUCUCUGAUCUUGCCAUGCAAGUAAUGACAUCUCCAUCUAAGAACUACAUUCUCUCUGUGAUCAGUGGGAGCAUCUGUGUAUUAUUCCUGAUUGGCCUGAUGUGUGGACGGAUCACCAAGCGAGUGACACGAGAGCUCAAGGACAGUGGGUUCCAGAAGCCAACUGAUUGUCCCCCUGCCAAGUCACCAAGGGAAGCCGCGCUUAGUCCCCUCGCUCCUGCUCGUAGGGUCUUCCUGAUUGUCCACAGCUGUCUGGGAUGCUUCAGUCUCCUAAAACUGGAAACGCAGGGUGCGAGCAGCACACACUGCUUCCUGCCACUGCCAGCUGGACUGAGCGGCCCGAGAGUCUCUGCAGGUUCCCCUGGGGGCUGGGGGCCGCUGAGGCCUAAUAUCAAGAGCCAGGAAUGUCAUGUACAUGCAGGUGCCUACGGACAUGUCUGGUGUGGUUUGCAGGUAGGAUGGAUGUUCACUGUUUGACCGGGUGGGGUAUCCUUCCUCUCUGCAGUCUCCUUCCCAGUAUGCAUAAACACCCUUAUAGUUCUAAUUGUCUCGAUAUUUCUGUUCUUUCUGAAUUGAGAGAAAAUCCCAUUCGUUGUCUGCAGAUUUGGAAGUUUGAUGAGGAAUUUGGUUAUUGAAAUAUCUGUCUUUUUUUUUUUUUUUUUUUUAGACAGUAUCGCUCUGUUGCCCAGGCUGCAGUGCAGUGGCGCGAUCUCAGCUCACUGCAACCUCCACCUCCUGGGUUCAAGCAAUUCUCUGCCUCAGCCUCCUGAGUAGCUGGGAUUCCAGGCACCCGCCACCACGCCUGGCUAAUUUUUCUAUUUUUAGUAGAGAUGGGGUUUCACCAUCUUGGCCAGGCUGAUCUUGAACUCCUGAACUCAUGAUCCACCCGCCUCAGCCUCCCAAAGUGCUGGGAUUACAGGUGUGAGCCACCAUGCCCGGCCAAAACAUUUGUCAUCUUUAUAAAUGGUCAGAAUAGAAAAGAUAGCUCUGCCAGUAUCUUCAAUUACUUAUUACAAGAAUGUCUUUCAUCAUCUUACUUGGAGCAUUUUCCAAUGACUGGCUCUUGAGAGCCCCAGGCAGGGCCCUGAGCAAGUUUUUCUAAGUUCCAAGGCCAGCAAAGUCUGAACUGGCCGCACUCAUUAAGUCCCUCAUUUGGCAAAACAAAACAGGGCCUGGGGCACCCCUGGUUCCUGGCCUCACGGUCAGUCAACUGGCUGAGAAAUGGUCAAGAAGAGUAACAGUGACCCUUCUGUGGAUGUGAGCGGAUGAUGGACUCUGGCCUAUGUCUACUCUUCUGAUGUGUAGCCCACCAACAGUAAUAGAAGUAGAGGGUAGGGGGUUUUGCCAAGGCUAAGGCUUCAGGUACUUGCUAACAGUUACAGCAGCUGGGUCGCUGUCAUCUGGACUUACCAGUUCAUGCCAGUGUCCCUGUGACUCUUAUGCAUAGUGUGCCCCACAUCCCUCUAGAGGCACCUGGAGCCCGGGCUGCCAGGCUGGAGGCUCUGGUGUACUGAAGGUGAGCUGUCUGGGCAAACUGUUAAGAACAAGACGAACUGUUCCCAGUGGAGCUUCUCCCACAGACGGGGAGCUCUGUGAGGCCUUCACCUGGGUGCAUGUUGGACUUCCACUGCUGUUGCUGCUGUCCCUAGACAAGCCUGUUAGCAAGAAGCGCCGGCAGGGGAGCCAUGCACUCCAUAGGCUUGGGAUCACCCCCAGGAAAGCGAUCUUCCCCCGGCUACCACCCCCAGCUGCAGUUCUGAGCCAGUGCAUCCUUGGAAGCUGGGAGAAUUCUAGGGUGGCCAGUGAGCUAGUAUUGAGUGAGCAGGUAUUGACUUGAACACACUGCAGGCCUUUGGCUGUGUCAUGCUGUCCUUACUCUUCUUGGGAACAGUGAGUCACUCAGCCGGCCAGGGUGGGGAUGCAUCCUGGUGAAGAGACAGCUUUCCCUGAAGAUGCUACAGAAAGUUACUGUCAGAUUUCAUUUGUUUCUGUUUCCUGAGAUCAACUAACAGAAGAAUCCAAUGAUGAGGGUGUCUUCAUUCAUGUUUUACGUUUUAUCAAGGCAGAUUGGAAAGGGAAUUAAUGUGGCUGACUUCCCUUGGCCUUCCCAAGAGAAGAUUCUCUUCUUAUGUUAGAAGAUUCUCUUAUGUGGCUUCUGGAUUCUCUUCUUAUGUGACUUCUGGAAGUGUCUCCUAUCCUCCCAUCCUCCAGGCCUGUGGUGUGACUCCUGCCCCGAAGUUCCUACUACAGUGAGUCAUCUGGGGAGAGGCCAUUGAAAAGAGGCCUUCCCUUCCCAUUUCCUCCCCUGCCACCUUAGAACAUAAGUCAGAACUUAAUCUUAGGAGAAGGAGGCUGGACCAGGAACCUUGGAAGUCAGCCAGCCUAAACUUUGGCCAUAAUGGCUUUGUUUUUUUUUUUUUUUUGGAGAUGGAGUCUCACUCUGU